AUGUUUGUUCGGUGCAACUGUGUGCGCAAGCCGCUGGAACCGCCAUACGAAGGGCCAUUCCGCGUGCACUCACGCAAUGCCAAUACCUGUCGGAUUCUUCGCGGUGACGAGGAGGACGUGGUCAGUAUCGAUCGGGUCAAGGUUGUUGUCGGAGAGGAGCCGCCGGACCUGCUUCAAGGACAAAACUGUUCUGACCCCCUACCCCGUGCUCCUCCACCUCCUCUACCCUAUGCCCCACCUUCCUAA